GGGAGCCGGCGGCGCUGUGCCCGGCGGGUUGCUCCAGCUCCUCCGGGAAAGGGCGAGCCCCGCGGGGAUCUGCCACUGUCUUCUAUCCUCGCACCCUCGGGGAGCGUCGCGCGGAGGGCCCAGGCAGCGCAGCGGGCCGUGCGCGCGGGCCGCGUCCCCCGCGUCCCGGCGCGUGGUAGAGUCCGCUGCUUCAUUUCCCGUGCGCGGCCAGCGCGGCCCUCCCUUUUCUUUGCCGUCGCGCGCCGCCGAUCCCUCCUCGUUGGUAGCGGCGUCCUUGGCUGGCGUGAGAUCAAAGCGAAAAUGAGCGGGGAGGCCUCCUGUGUCCUGGAGACGGUCUGGGAAGACAAGCAGAAGUGCGGGGAAGCCGAGCGGCGCGUCUGCGAGCACGGGGCCAUGAGAGCCGCCGCCCAGCAGCUCCCGGCCGAGCCACUGGCAGUGAACGGGCCGGGCCGGGAGGGCGAGGCCGAGGAGGCGGCCGCCCCCAACGGCAACGGCAGCAGCGAGCCCGGGCAGAGCCACAGCGGGAAGAAGCCGUGGCAGAAGCCGAGGAAGCCCCCCCCCAGGGGCUGGCCCAGCCAGGGGGACCUGGCCCUUGAGGGCCUCUCAGCCGACCACGUCUGGCUGGACAAGCUGCUUUUCGACCAGGCGGAGAGCUCGUACCGCCAGAGGCUGGCAGAUGCGGCCGCCCAGGCAGCCCGGCCUCCCGCCCUGGCCCCUGGGGCCCUCUGCGCCCUCGGAAGCCAGGUGGCCUGCCACCACGUGACCUGGGGCGUCUGGGUCAACAAGUCUUCCUUUGACCAGGCUGAGCGGGCGUUCGUGGAGUGGUCUCAGGCCUUGCUGCUGGCCGCGGAGGGGAGCGGCGGGCAGGGGGCUCCCGACACGGGCCAGUGGGCGGCCGCUCCCGACCUGUGCCUCAUCCGCCAGCCCAGCCCGCCAGCCGACGGCCAGCCCCCGCUGGGCAGCCUGCAGGCGCUGGUGCGGGAGGUGUGGCUGGAGAAGCCCCGCUACGACGCAGCCGAGAGGGUCUUCUACGAGGCCCUGUUUGACGGCCACCCCCCUGGGAAGGUGCACCUGCAGGAGCGAGCCGGUCAGGCUGAGGGCGCCCGGCGCGGCCGCAGAGACCGGCGGGGCCGCAACGCCACGGGAAGCCGGCGGCUCGGGCCGCGGCGGGGGGACGGGGAGGCCUCCUCUGCCCUGCCCUACCGGUGCUUCCUGCACAAGGACGCCGAGGCCCCCUGGCUCAGCAAGCCGGCCUACGACAGCGCAGAGUGCCGCCACCACGCCGCCGAGGCCCUGCGCGCGGCCUGGCGCCUCGAAGCUCCGUCUCUGGUUCACCGACCCGGCGCCCGGUCUGGCCCUUCCAUGUCCAGCCUGAGACCCAAGAAAAUGGCCACAAACUUUCUAGUGCACGAGAAGAUCUGGUUUGACAAGUUCAAAUAUGACGAUGCAGAAAGGAAAUUCUACGAGCAGAUGAACGGGCCCGUGGCCGGCUCCUCAUGCCAGGAGAACGGCGCCAGCGUGAUCCUCCGUGACAUCGCGAGAGCCAGAGCAAACAUCCAGAAGUCCCUGGCCGGAAGCUCAGGCCCCGGGGCCUCCAGCGGGCCGGGCGGAGACCACAGUGAGCUGGUCAUCCGGAUUGCCAGCCUGGAGGUGGAGAGCCAGAGCCUGCGAGGGGUGGUGCAGGAUCUGCGGCAGGCUGUCUCCCAGCUGGAGGCCCGGCUGAGCGCUCUAGAGAAGAGCUCGCCAGCCCACCGGGCCACAGCUCCGCAGACCCAGCACGUGUCUCCCAUGCGCCAAGUGGAGCCCCCCACCGGGAAGGUGGCCACCGCCACAGAGGACGACGAGGACGACGACAUUGGCCUGUUCGGCAGCGACGAGGAGGAGGACCGGGAGGCGGCCCGGCUGCGGGAGGAGAGGCUGCGGCAGCACGCCGAGAAGGCGGCCGCGAAGCCUGCCCUGGUGGCCAGGUCCUCCAUCCUCCUGGACGUCAAGCCUUGGGAUGACGCGACAGACAUGGCCCAGCUGGAGGCCUGUGUGCGCUCCAUCCAGCUGGAUGGGCUGACCUGGGGGGGCUCCAAGCUGGUGCCCGUGGGCUACGGCAUCCACAAGCUACAGAUCCAGUGUGUGGUGGAGGACGACAAGGUGGGCACGGACCUUCUGGAAGAGGAGAUCACCAAGUUCGAGGAGCACGUGCAGAGCGUUGACAUUGCUGCUUUCAACAAGAUCUGAGCCCCAGCACUGGCCUGAGCCUGUGAAGCCUUGCAGCCAAUAAAGACUGAGAUUCCAGC